AUGGCAGAAGAUGAAAGAAAUGACGAAUUUCUGAAAAUAAGUUUAAGCGAUCUCAAAUUUGAAAGAGUUUUAGGAAGUGGCAGCUUUGGAGAUGUUUAUGAUGGAGAAUGGAUUAGCCGACGCCAGCAAGUUGCUAUAAAAAAACUUCGUAUCGAUGCUAGUUUUGUCUCAUUAAAGGAAAGAAAGGAUUUUUUUAAAGAAAUGACCAUGAUGCAUCGUCUUCGAUUUUCUCAUAUUUUGAAUGUGUUUGGUGUUUGCUUAGAUCGGAACUGUUUGGCUAUUGUCGUUGAAUAUAUGUCACUUGGAUCUUUAUAUGAUGUGAUUCGUAAUUAUGAGUUACCUUGGUCCGAUCGAUGGUCAAUUGUUAGUCAAAUAACAAAAGGACUCAACCAUCUUCAUCAAUUUCAACCGAAUCCUAUUAUUCAUCGUGAUAUCAAAUCAUUCAACUUUUUUAUGACUUGGGGUACACAAAAAAGUGACCAUCGUUUUAUUGUCAAAGUCGGUGAUUUUGGUUCAUCUAGAUUUCGCCCUAUGUCCGGCUCACAACUGACGACUAUUGAACGGGUGGGAACGAUUCGAUGGAUGGCUCCCGAACUACUUCCUACUCACCCAUCUUAUACGAUGACCAGUGAUGUAUAUUCUGCAGGUGUAUGCAUUUGGGAAAUGACGACGGAUCGACUUCCAUACAAAGAACUAACAACAGAUCAUUACUAUUUGGAACUCGAAGAUACUAUCAAAUGCACUGAAAGAUUUGCAGCAAGUACAUUAUCAGAUCAAGAAUUCUUGGACGAAGAUAUGGCCGUUAUUAGUACUGCAUUAACAAGAAAUCAAGCUUGCAAAGAUUUGGCUCUUCGAAAUAGCGAUAUUACACCAAUAGGCGUGACCUUUUUAAGUUUAGGAUUAGCUGUCAACUGCACGUUGACAUCGUUGGACUUAAGUGAAAAUUCUCUAGAAGCUGUGGGUGUUGCGAAUGUAGCUCGUACUCUUCAUGACAAUUCGACAUUGACAACACUCCGCUUAAAUUCAACAAAAAUGGGCGAUAAGGGACAAUUACAAAUAAUAGCCGAUCAAAAUAAUGGAAAUCGAGCAAUUGGAACUCGAGGAUUCAAUGCUACACUCGAUUAUAUUACUAGUCAACUUGAACAAAACACAAAUUUAGUUAUUCACCAUGAGUAUUUUACAGUUCGAAAUAGUAUCGUCGAAGGUAUCCCACAAUUACAAUCACAAAUUAAUGGCCUUGUCACGAAUUAUGUUUACCGGACAGAUUUUACCCACUUUUCAUUUUCAUCGAGAGCCAAUUUUGGUUCGUUUAUUCGAUUAGUUUCGAUUCCGAAUCUCGGUUGUCAAGAAAGCGAUUGGAUGAAUGCAGUGGUAGCGGAUUCUGUCGCGAUAGUCAAACGUGGUAAUUGCACAUUUAUAGAGAAGUCUCAACUAGCUGAAAGGUACCGCGUAAAAGGAUUGUUCGUUUACAACGAUGGAACAGCGCCAGAUCGUUUUCAACCAUUACAGGGUGUGACAGCUCAUUCCAAUUCAACAAUUCCAGCCUAUUUCCUGUCGUAUAAUUUGGGGAUGCAAUUUGUUAAUGCAGCAUCUGAUCCAAGUACGAAUGCAGGUGUUAUUAUGAAUAUCGAUGUAAAAGAUGCAGAGGGAAUCGGGAAUAUUUGUGCUGAUACGCCAACAGGAGAUAAAACAAAGACAAUUAUUAUUGGUUCUCAUAGUGACGGAGUACCAGAUGGAAGUGGAAUCAAUGAUAAUGGUAGUGGUACAGUCGCCAAUUUGGUUUUGGCUCUUAAUUUAGCUCGUCUACUUCAGACAGCUUCAUUGAACUAUGCUCAGUAUCAAUAUCGCGUUCGAUUUUGUUGGUGGGGUGCAGAAGAACUCGGUCUACUCGGUUCUAUUUAUCAUGUUGAGCAAGCGUCUUUGGCUAGUGCCACCAUUGAAAGCGGACGUUUGGAAGAUUAUCUAUUAUAUUUCAAUUAUGAUAUGUUAGCUUCUCCUAAUCCUAAUUUUGGUAUUUCUGACAGUGUACAAGUUCCAUCAGGAACACCCGACCACGCAGUCUACGCUACUGAUCGAAUCACAGAUCUAUUUCAACAAUGGUUUAAAGAACAGAAACUGCCGUGGACUGAAUCCGGAGUUGGAGGAGGUAGUGAUUUCGUACCAUUUUUGACGAGUGGUAUAGCUGUUGGCGGUGUAAAUACAGGGGCUGGUGGGAUCAAAUCACCAGAUGAACGAGAUCAAUAUGCAGCAUUGAUGGGAACGGGAAAUGCGGGAAUAGCCAAUGCGCCUUAUGAUUCAUGUUAUCAUCAACAAUGUGAUAGAAUUACAAAUGUUAAUCCAUCUGCAUAUGAGAAAGUCGUUAAAGCAGCCGCUUAUGCUAUUGAACAUGUGGGACGGUUAGAUGGCUUGGAAAAGUGGCUAUAUCCACAAGGUCGAGCGAAAACUCCUAAGCUGCUCGAUAGAAAACAACUAUAUAAUAUGCAUAAUGAUACUAAUCUUUUUUGA